AUUAACUAAAUAAUUGUUAAUCAUUGGCAUUCCAUUAAUCGAAAGUAAAUCAAAUUUUGAAUUGACAUAAUCUUCAAUAUAAGUGAUAGUUUACUUGGUGAAAUAAUGGCACAAUACACUAGGCACAUUCGCGAACCGGUAAAUCCGAUGAAAACUAUAGAUAUCCAAGUUGGCCAAUAUCGUCGAAUAAUUGAUUCGUGAAGGAAGAAAAUAACCCUAUAAAUCGGUCAGCGAUAAAUAAGAUGAAAAUGGUGGUCUUUCUAGUUGCAAUAGCAGCAACUAGAGCUUUGCCUCUCUCGAAAGUGCACGUGAAAUUUAUUUCUCCUCCGCAUGUUUAUGAGCACGGUAUUACAACAGAUGGAGAUAGAACAAUAGAUCAGAGAUCCUACGUUUCUAUUGGACGAAAAAGCGCAACGGGAAAUGCUAAAGAAUAUGGACAACGUUUACGCAACAAAGAUAUCGUUGCGCCGGUUCAUAUUAAACCGGAAAAUGCUGAAUCUCUAUGGCCUGUAGGCGUUUUCAUUCCACCGAUUGAUAUCAACGAUCUCGGCUAUAGUUCACAAGAAUCAAGACACGCGACACCUGAUUUCUCCAACGGACUUGAAUAUCAUGAUCCGUAUCUGUUGACCGGUGAGGAAGCAAUGCUAGCUGUAAAAUAUCUUUAUGAUCAAGGUGAAUUAUUUUAUGAUGAUAUUCCUCAUGAAAGAGCAUUGUUAAAAAAUCAAGAAGAAAGGAGACGAAACGGCCUUCACGAUCAUAUAUUAAGAAGUUUAAGGCUAACUUCUUCAUUCUCUAGGAAAUCAUAAUGUACAGGAAUAU